AUGAACCAACAACAGCUUGACGCCCAAGAGGAGCACAAUCGAUUGAUCAUCGAAAGUGGUGUACCCGCUCCCCCAUCCGAACAGACUACUACCUUUGCUGACGCUCCUAGCUAUGCUUUGAAUGACGCUCCUAUCGCAUACUCCCCUCCUAUCGCAUGGUCCUCCGAUGGCGACAUGCCCAGCGAAAACCCUGUCGACAUUGAAGACAUUGUCAUGUUCGACCAUGACACUCCCCCAGCCGGAGUUCCUUUCAUGGAGAAUGGAAUCUACGCACUUAUGGACGAGACUGCUAGAGCUCGGCUUUGGAUGCCCGUAGACUGGGAAGACCCUCCUUUGUUUGCUGAGCCCACCCCUGGGCCGACACCCGCUCCCAACCCUCCUGCUGCCAACCCUCCUGCUGCCAGCCCUCCUGCUGCCAAUUCUCCUGCUGCCAACCCUCCCGCUCCCACUCCCGCUGCCACUUCUUCCAACACCCCUGUAGAGAACCGCGACCUCAACGUCCCUCUAGACGCUCGUAGAGUCUUUGCUUGUAACUUCCCUGGUUGCGGAAAGAGACUCACUCGAAGCUCAGACCUCCGCCGUCACUGGCAAAACGUUCACCGUGGCCACCGCCAAACCUAG